CCACAUAUAACAUUUUCUGUUGCCGUUUUAGUUUCUUGAACUCCCUGUCAGCCAUCUGGCUAGAUUUACUGACAGUGCCAUAAGAAGGGAUUUCCAGGAUCUUGACCUUGACCUUGACCUUGACCAUGUGGCUUGGAGGGGAGCUUGUGCAUCUUUGUGUUCCCACGUGUCUGUUCCCUUCCUCUUUUUCUAUGUGUUAGAGGUUAUGGGUUUGGAAAAUGUUGUUGAAAGAACCUUGAUGAGCUACUGUAAUGAAUCUUGUAUUAGGUAAAUACCACUGCAGUUGGGGGUCUAAAGUUGAUGGAUGGGCACUAAUCAUGUGAGCUGGUUUGUUCUGGAUGAGGUUCAGCUUCCUGAGCUGUUGGAAGCCACAUGUAUCCAGGCAAGUGGAAAGUAUUCUAUCACAUUCCUGAUUUGUGACUUGUAGGUAGUGGAUAGUAUUUGAUGAGCCAAGGACAGUUUACUACCACAGAAUUCUGAGUCCCUGAGUCGCUGACCAAAAUAUUUUAUAUAGCUUAGUCCAAGGCAAAGAUUCUGAAAAAUGUCAGCCUUCAGGAUGUUGAUGGUGGGAAUUUUUGUGAUUGUAACGUUUGAAUGUCAAGUGUAGAUAGUUAUAUUCCCUGUGGAGAUGCUCAAUCCUACUUGGCAUUAAUCAGCCUAAGCCUGAACAUUGUUCUAGUUUUGCUAUUUAUGGACAGGUUCUUGAGGAGUUGCAAAUAGUACUGUGUACAGUAAUGUCGGUGAAUGUCCCCACUUCUGAUGGAUGGAACAUCACUGAAGCAACUGAAAGUGGUUGCCCUGAGGCACUGCUGGGCUGAAAUGAUCGAUCUCCAACACCCACAACCAUCUUCCUUUCUUGUGCUGUGUAUGCUCCAAGAGUUUCUGCCAAACCACCACCCCAACCCCUUACCAGGGCUCCUUGAUGCCACACCCAGUCAAAUGUUGCCUAUGUGUGCAGAGUAGUCAUUGUCAGCCUGCUUCUUGAGUUCACAUAAUUGUUUUUCUGUUUGUUCCACCUUUCGACCUCAACUGUAAUGAGGUCAGGAGCCAAGUGACCCUGGAAGAACCCAAACUAAGCAACUAUGAGGUUGGAGCGUUGAAUGAUCAAGGGAAUGCCCCCUUUGCCAGGUGCAGAACUUGUGCAGACACCUGUCCAGUUAUAUCGGUAUCUCUUUCGAUGCUGCAAGCAACUUCCUGCAAAAAACAUACAGCAGCAUUACAAACAUGCAAUACGGCAGAAUUUUAAGGUUCACGCAGAUGAAGAUGAUCCAGAACGAAUCAAACAGAUCAUCAAAAGAGCAAUUGAAGAUGCUGACUGGAUCUUAUCUAAAUAUAAACAUAUGAAGCAGAAGAAGUUAGAAAAAGAUCCAGAGUCCAAGCAAACAAAAUAACAAGAUAUAUAAGAUUCUUGUUCUAGCGACGCAGGGUCACUCAUAAGCAGUGAUUAAAUAGAUGUGUAUUUAUUUAACUUAGAAUGUUAAAGAUUAAUAGUAAAACAGUCAUUGCAAAUAUAUUAAGAAUAUUUAUACAGGAAGCAAUACACAAAGAUUUCAGUUCAGGGUUGUAAUCUAUUUCUGAAGUUGGAGCAUACCAUGUUUUAUGAAGUUUAAUUGACAUUAAAUUAGAGACUGAACUUUUAGCUGUUUCUAAGAUGUUUUGCGAAUGACAACUUAAUGAGCUUUGGUAUCGGUGUAUAAUGCAAUUCACAUUCAGAUCUUGCUGCCUUCUAACACUGAGUAAGUAACUGACAUUGUUUUAAAAAAAAUUUUCUUGCUUGUCCAAUUAUAAUGGGAGGAUGUGUAUAUUCUGCUGAACGUUCCAUAAAUGUAAAUCUGUCUAUUUUAUAUUAAAUAUUGUUUUGCAGCCAUCUUUGGCUACUGAUUUUAGUAAUAUUGGUUGGAGUUGCUCUAAGCAUGGGUAUUUUAUGUCAUUAGUGUGUUAGUUCUGUUCCAUUGAUAUUUUUUUUUCAGGGUGUGGGGGGAUUGGUGGAUUGCAUUUAUGUAUCAUUUCAAACCUAAUUAUAACCACACUUGUAAAAGUGUUAUUUUUCAUUUUUUUUUUUUAAUUUCCUGACGUUUUGGAAAAUAUUAUCCAGGUUCCUGAGACCUCACACUUCAAGAAAUCUUUUCUGCUGCUCCCCACUUUCAAGAAUGCAGUUGAUACCAUAACUCCUAAUUUGACUUUCUUAGAAGCAAAGAUGUAAAAAGACAGGUCAGCAUGAACAUGAGGAUGGGGAUACAUUAUAUUUAUUGAGUUUUCAUUUUAGGUUACAAUAGUCUUUUUUCCAUGCAUGAAUUCAGAUAACAUUGUUGAUUAUAAAACAGAAACAGGAUACCUUUUAGUUUUGUUACUAAUCCCUUUAAACAAUAAGACACAGUCUUAUUUUUGAAUUCUGGAUUCACUUUGGUAGAUUUUCCGCAGCGUAGUUGAAUUGUAAAUGAAUCAUCCCUUGUCUGAGUGCUACCAGACUGGUUGAAAAUGCAUUAUAGCGAGCCUCCAUGCCCUUGAGCAAAGGAGGAACAAGAUCAGAGCAUGUUUUUUGUUCAUUUGACAGAACAAGGGUGUCACUGGCUAGGCAGCAUUUAUUGCCUAUCCCGAAUUGCCCAGAGGGUAGUUCACAGUCAACCACAUUGCAGUGCGGCUGGAGUCACAUGUAGGCCAGACCAGGUAAGGAUGACCGUUUCCUUCCCCAAAGAACGUUAAUGAACCAGAUGGGUUUUUCAUGACAAUUGACAAAGGUCAUCAUUAGACUGUUAAUUCCAGACAUUUUAUUGAAUUCAAGUUCCACCAUCUAUUAUGGCGGGAUUUGAACCUGAGUCUCCAGAAUGUUAUCUGGGUCUCUGGAUUAACAGUCCAGCAAUUAAUGCCACUAGGCCAUUGCCUCCCCCUGCUCCUUGUUGGUAUAAUGGGGAAAAAAAAGCUAAUGCUUGUGCCAUUUUGUAUGAAGCCAGUAGCAAGGAGAACAGGGAAGUCAUUGAAAUGGUGUUGUGGGAAGGGUUCUGUGUUAGUUAAUUGGAAACUAACUUCUAGUCAGAAAGAAUAUGUGUAAAAUGUUAAUAUUUCUGUCUGGGUUGAUAACAUUCUCAGCACUAACGUUUAAAGAUUUGAGUUCAAGGACUACUCUAAUCAAUGGGCACGAUCUCUUGAAUGAAAUUUUAUUGCUGUACUCGAUGGUUAGUUGGUUGGUUGUGUCGUUACCUGAAGUGUUGUCAUUUGGACAAAUUAUUUAACUGUAAUCCAGCCCUCAUGUAUGUAAAUAGUCCCAUUGCACUUCUAUCAGUGGAGCAGUUCUACCAAUAUUUGUAUUCAGUCACAACAAAAAUUCAUCAUGGCCAUUCACUUUUUUCCAAUAAAAUUAGAAAAUGCUGGAAAUACUCAGAAGGUCUCUCCGCAUCUGUGGAGAAAAAAAAAAGUUUUGUUUCAAGUCUGACCUUUUCAUCAGAACUGGUGUUUAAAUUUAAUUGCUGAAUGACAACUGAUCUUGGCUGACUAGCACUAAAAUUAUUGGCUCUGGAGCACCAGCUGGAAACUGUGUAAUAAAAAAAUCUUUUGAAGGGUUCCAAAGUAAAUAUUAAAAUAUACCAGAUCAACUUGUACCACAUAUCAUGAGACCUAUUGUUUUCAUCUGCUGCGAAAUAAAAUCUAUUUAUCUGGUACUUUAAAA